CCUUUCCUUCACCCUAUCACUAUAUCUCUAGCGCUCUGAUAUUGGUUUCUUCUUAUCAGAGCUGCCAUGGAAAUCGGAGAGAGCUCUGGCGCUGAGGCUGCCGUGGUGCGGCGUCCCUCUAUGAAGGCCUCUUAUCGGUCGCUUCCUCACAAAAGUCAAUUGCUUAUCCUUAUGCUAGCUCGAUUCACUGACUCUCUAGCGACGUCUUCCAUUCAUGCAUACAUGUUUUUUCAACUUCAGUAUUUGAGCCCUAGUGCACCGAUAGCGACCAUAACAACGCAAUGUGGUUUCUUGAUCGGCUGCAGGACCGGUGUGCACGUAUGCACGGGUCUUGUUUGGGGGAGGCUAGCCGACCGCGUCUUCGCAAGUAGGAAGGUCGUGUUGGUACUUGGUCUGGUGGCUUCGAGUGUGGCGACUUUUGGUUACGGUUUCUCAAGAACCUUUUAUGAGGCAAUCGCCUGGCAGACACUUGACGGUGCUUUGAAUGCAACGGUGGCGAUGGUGAGAUGCAUGACCGCGGCGUUGAAUCCAGAGAAACAAUUCCGUGUGCGGGCUUUCACACUCCUUCCAUUGUUCGCGAAUAUUGGGUCUAUGCUAGGCCCUCUACUAGGAGGUUUCUUGGUACGUACCGAAACGCAUCAAAGCCGGGCUGCUGGCUAUCCUUACGCCUUGCCAAACAUAUGCAUUGCUAUUAUUCAGGCAUUGAUAGCGAUUGCAGCCAUUCUUCUCUUGACCGAUACUUCUUGCCAACCAAACCCGGACUGUAGCAGAAACGCUGAUGUACAUGUGUCCGUCACGACAGCAAGAUCUGCCGGAACCUCUGAGCACCCAUGUAACAAAGAUGUCAGCGAGACUACUGGUCUUUUGCAGAAAGCCCCCAGGAGUGAUAUUCCUGAAGAAACACAGGAAAGCAACAAUCUAAGAUUUCUGUCGUUAAAGACGAUUUGGCAGCCAAAUGUCAUGAGCACCAUGACUGCACAUUUUAUCAUUUCUGGUCAUCUGGGAACUUUCGCUACCCUCUGGGCCAUGCUGCUUAGCUUACCGACUGCAUCUUCCAGAGCAGUGCAUCUACCGUUCAAGUUCUCAGGAGGCCUAGGACUUCAGCCUCACACAGUAGGCAUUGCCAUGUCCAUAUUUUCUUUUACAAGCAUCGUCUUGCAAAUAGUUGUGUACCCAAGCCUCCAGGCGAGGUGGGGCACAAUACAGGUGUGGAGAGCGGCGCUCUGUCUGUUCCCCUUCGUUUACUUUGCGGCGCCUUUUUGUGCGCUUGUACCUUCACUUGGGAAGGACUCGAAUGGCGCAGUCACUGGAGCCUAUCUUGUGCUCGAGUGGUCUGAGUUACUGGGCGUACUUCUCCUCUUUGCUGUCGGUCGGACGGGGGUAGUACCCGCCACUAGUCUGCUGAUCAACGAAUGUACGCCUCACCCUAGCGUGCGUGGGACUGUCCACGCCACAGGUGUGAUCUGCAGCAACCUCAGUAGGUGUGUGUUCCCCCCAACGGCGUUAGCGGUCAUGGGGAUUGGAUUGCGAGUCGGUAUUGUAGGGCUGGGCUUCUGGUCCGUGGCAGUAUUGGCAAUCGCAAGCAUCGCGGUCAGUCUUCGGGUCUGUGAAGGUACCAACGGGGAGUAGCUCUGCAUGAAGGCCUGUCCCAGACUUUACCCCAGCUAGGUUCCAGGAGCUCUUUCCAGUCGACGCUACCACACUUCUAAAAGCAGCAGACGGUCAAAUGCCAAGUAAUCGAAGGCGAUCCUAAGUUAGAGUUCGUGCUUUGGUCAACAGUUGAUGGUAUCGAGUGCGAACCACGUCGUGAGAAUGGCGAAAAACGAAAGAAUUUGCUGGAUUAUGAC